AUGAAUGCAGGCGAGUCGCGGCUGACGAGCUUUUCCGCGGCUGACAUGAUGCAGAUGAAGAAGGGAUCUUCGGUGCCGCAGGCGGUGGAAGAGGGACAGCGCGGGCUGGGGGCGAAGAACCUCGACGAGCCUCCGUCCAUCAUCUCUUUUUCAAACGGUUCUCUGCCUUCUUCACUUUCUUCCUCGAUGGAUGCUGUUCUCUCUACGACGACUCCUCUUCUAGAGUGUCUGUACGCUUCUGGAGGGCUCAUUGGGCCUCUGUCGCCGACAGACCAGGAGGUGUACGAAGUCGAUCGGUGCAAGGCCCUUGCGGCGCGGGCGCGUUCUGUCUGUCUUGUCGAGUGUCCUUCUCUUUCUAUCUCCCCCGCUCUCGGAAAUGGGCUUUGCACGAAGGCACAGCGGCUGAGCAACGCGGAUGAAGCCCGCGAGACGUGGGACGGGCAGCGGCGUCUGCGGUGUCUCUCUUUCGCGUACGUUCUUGAGCAGCUGCGAGCCUCCGAGGUGCCUCUUGACUGGCUGGAAACCGUCGCCUGGGAAGAAAGUCUGGCGUUCUUUGUAGACUGCUACUUAAAGGAAAAAAACCAGCUAGAGGAGACUCUAAAACACGCGAUCGCGCGGCGGAGCGAAAGGGGAAAACGCCAAGCGUCAGCACCGGGGCGAGCUUCGUGCAGUGGAGGGUUGAUGUCUCCACCUGAGGGGCUAGCUGCAGCAGACGGCGAAGUGCCUUCCGGCGACACAGAGGGAGAGGGAGACAACGCAGGCGGGAGGGACCCAGGAGGAAGUCUGAAAGAAAGGAGCUCACGCCGCGGCACCACGCUUUUGAGGCCGCCACCCGUCCUCUCUCUGAUGUCGCGUUUUGCGCGAAGAUUCUGGUUUCUGCGCGAGCAGAGUAAAGCCUCCCCCGCUCAGUCGCCAGAUUUUCCUUCCUUCUGCGCGGUUCCGGAGACGGACCGUGGAUCUUUGCGGCCGCUGUCGUCUGUCCACUCGCUGCCGCCGUGGCAGUUUUUCUUUUUUGAGGAGCUCGCGUCGUUCCUUCUCUUCGUCCUCCAGCAGAUGCAACGCCUUCAGCAGCGCGGCGGGGUGUACGUCCACUUGGCGAGUGCGACGUGGACGCGCCGGUACCAGCACCUUCAUUUCUGUUUGGAGAAAGUCGACCCGCCGCCUUCUCUUCGACAGAGAGCCAUCGAAGAGGCGCGAGCCGACCAGCAGCUCCUCUCGCUCUCUUCUUCGUCAUCCUGUCCGGCUGCGUCCUCUUUUUCGGCGUCGUCGGCUGUUGCCGCGUCUCCGCCUGCCCCCUGCUCGUCGCCUCCUCUGUCGCUCCCUCCGCUUCAUCACUUGAUGCCGUCGCUGUGCCAGUACUUUCCCGAGACUGCGGAAACGGCUCCGCACUCGUUCUGGCUCGUGUACGACGCGAAAUUGUGUCGCUGGCUGGUCACGCGUGACUCGCUCCCGGUCCGCGAAGUGUACGUACACAGUAACUCCGCUCCGUCUGUCGACGGGGGAAGCCAAGCAAGACGGCGAAGGCCUCCGAGCAUGACAGCGAUAGAGACCGCGAGACAGGAGGCUCUCUUCUACCUCUCUCUCUGCGGAGUGCGGGGAGACGAAGAAGACGACGAAGGCUUCACCAGGAACCGAAAACAAAGAUCUGCCUCCUCUCCUCUAGACCACACGGUGCUCGACCGGCUGAUGUAUCUCCUGGAGAGACGCGAGUCUCCCGCGGAGUGCGCAGUAGAGCCAGCCCACAUUUUGAAGGGAGAGGAAGAUGCGAAGGCGCGUGAGAGUUCGUCGUCGAGAGAACCAGAGUCUAAGCGGAACUCUGGGCGCCCUAGGGAAUCAGAAGGCGUUGCCUUGCCGCGCCGGACAGAGAAAAAAAGCCCGUCUGUGGAGGCGCGGCGGAGUCGUUUCUCGUCAGCGCCCUUGCGCGACUCUUCUUCGCGUUCCCGUUUGAAGAAACGGGCCUCGAGGGCCUCUGAAGCGGGCCGAGGAGGCGAUCUGCCUUGUCAGCAUCCAGCCGGCGGUCGACGGUCGCUCGGCGAACCGGAGGCUGUAACAGAGGAAGGGAACGAAGCGGAGGAACGGGAAAUGCUUGCCGUGUCUUCCUGUCUCCGCAAGCGAUAUAGAAGAAGACCUUCCGCCGACUCGACCUCAUCGCUCGCCUCUGUGACGUCCCAGACCGUCCAACCGAAGCGUCCUCGGCUGCGCAACGCCGAGACCCCGCCAGAGUCCGACGCCUCCGCCGACGACGGGGACCGCGCACUGGAACCCAACGCAGUCGUGGAGCCGAGGGAGAGGGCGAGGGCGAUGCGUCUGCACGGGCUUUCGCCAGCGAAGCGGGGCGGCGGAGGCGGCUCCUGCGUUUCCUCGGUGCGACGCUCUGAAGGGCGGAGAAAACAGCAUAAGGACGCAGAUGGCCUCCUGUCGAGGGACCCGGCAGGGCCGGCGACUCCGCCGGGUGCGGCUGAGAAGGAGAACGCGCGGCAGUCUGUGAACGUUUCUCUGGAGGAGUCAGGGGCUGGGCGGGCGCCGCGGGAGGGCCUGUUCGCAGCUCCGAAUGCGGAGUGCGCCGCUCGAGACGCAGCCUGGAUGGAGGGGAUUCAUCGCUGGCACCACGAGCGCGGCAGAGCCGCAAGCGACAGCGAAGAGGCCGCGCGUGCGGAGGACCGUGAAGCACCUCGAAAGGCGUUUCGGGCGAAGGCGCCGAGCAGGGGCUCUUCCGUUGAGCAGAGCCUCCUUGGUCGGCACGCAGAGGACAGCCGCACCGACGUGUUCGCCUCUUCAGAAGACGACGAGGAGGCUGUCGAACUCGAAAGAGGCGACGGGGACGUGGAGCGCGAGGCGCGGAGACGCACGCGAGUCAGCGCACCAUCUCCCGAGCGCCGUGCGCCUUCUCCCUUCUCGGCGGCGUCUCAAGAGGACUCUGACAGCGAAUCAUGUGGACACCCGCGGUCCGAAGGCCCGCGUCGCGCGUCGUCCUCUUCUCACUUGAAGAAAAAGCGGAGGGAGAGGCGCGCGUCGGCUUCUGAGCCGUCGACGGCCUCUCGCGACCUGCCGGGCAUGGCCAGCGUGGACGUGUCGCGGAAAGAAAACCUCUCUGGCGGGCGCUUUCUCGUCGGGUCGCGCUUCAGGAACACGUUCUUCUCCGAUGAACUGCUCGCAUUCGCGCAUCUGCAUGCGGCCUUUCUCGGCGAAGAGGGAACGAAGAGGCGCGAAGGAUACUCGGCAAAGCACACCGCGCGGGGAGAAGGAGAGGGCGCCCCCGCGAGGGCGGGCAAGAAAAUCUUCACGGAGAAAGAAAUUCUUCGCCUCUUGAGAAACUACAUGCGGCAAACCUGCUCGAAGAAGGGAAAAAAACACUUCAUCUGCGACAACGCACUCAAAGAGCUGACCGGCACACAGACGCUGCCGGUCGACUCAGACAAACUCCUCCACGCUCUAAAGAGCGCAAAACUGCUCACGCACUUCAUGAUUGCCUAG